CGAAGGCGACAUCACUCUGUCCCUUGAUUGCUCUGCAUCGUGUUGACGAAUCUUGAGGUAGAUGGCGUGAGAUACACAACGGGAUGUGAGGCUUCAACGCGCCCAGGCGGGUAUACCUUGUUGGAGAGAAACUCGAAAAGGGAAAUAGAAGCGCCAAGGCUUGACCGGAAUCACUCGAUGCAUGUCAGAAGUGGCACUCCUAAGACCCCCGGCCUUCUUUCCUUGACCCUUUGUAAGGCGGCUUUGACGGCACCCCCUCCCGGAUGCGGCGCCGGCUGCAAGGCAACCCGGCAAUAUCGGCCGGUUGACGGGAAUGACGUCGACACGGGAUUUUUCGGCAUCUGCAUGCACCCAAGGGGCUUGCUUGUGCUCAUCUCGGAGUACCAGCGUGGGAACAUCCAACCGCCGUCGACGGUCUUGGCCCCUUGUGCGAACCCCCGAGUGUACGGAGUACGGAGUAACUUUCCGGAAGUGUGUACGUCCGUACCACAGGAAGUCACUUUUACCCCCACACACUCCCCAAGUGCCGAAUCGCCGAUCGCGGUCCUUGAUCCUGCAGGAAUGGGCCGUCGAUGCGUUUCCUGCAUAGCGUUAGGCGUUGAACCACGCCCUCCUCCUCCAAGCGCCACGCCCCCUCCAUUCACGAGUCGAAUAUGCAUCUCGGCUUUUUCCAUGCGGAUCGACACCUAGGAACGGCCGGGAGCUUCCAAACACCAUGCAGGCUAGGCUCGUUUUGGUUGGCAGGUUUCUUGACUGCUUUCGUCAGCAACAGCAUGGACGAUGUCUCAGGGUGACUUUCAUGACGAUCAGUGAUUGACAAGAAAGGAGGCCUGGGGACCUUGAGGAGAA